UUGGCGGUAAGUUAGAAAUUGUCAGAGCCCGUGAAAUUGUCUUAAAAUAUUUCAGCAAAGUUGCAGAGUGUUGCAGUCAGAAAUAAACAGAAAUGGUUGAUCGGGAUUUGAAACGCUGGGCCAUUAAAGAAUUCAACUAUCCUUCUAAUAAACUGCCACCUGACCGCUGUCUAAGAAAGUUUUGCGCUGGUCAACGCAGCUCUAUUUGGAAGUAUGUCACUCAACAUGUGUUUAAAGAGAAAAAAGUUGAAAUCAAAAGGAGGAACGUCAAUUGGUACAAAAGACUGGAGGAUGAUGAGCUGAAGAAAGUGGAGUCUCUUCGUAAGCGAGAGAUUCAGAAGGAGAUCAAGGAGCUGAAGGCUCAAAUCCACAAGCAGGACAUAAGCCUCAAAGAGGCCGAGGAAGAUCUGCAGAGGAACGAGCGUGCCUGUAGUGUGAGCUGGGCUCAUCAUGAGGAGCGCGGUCGGCGGGAGCUGUUGCUACGGAGUUACCUGCAGCGGUGCGGCGACGUGAGGAGGAGCUUGACCGAUGACACCCAGCCAAUCAGAGAGCAGAGGCAGGGCCUGGAGGAGCACCUCAGCAAGGGAGAAGUGGAGUUGUCUUUUGACCUGUCUGGGGGUGGACAUGGUCUUAAUGUGGAGCCCCUAGUCAUGCAUGAGGUGAGGAAGCUGUGUGAGGACCGGGUCCGGUAUCUCAAGUGUGUGCAAGCCGAGGCCGACGCGGACAACCAGAAGAGCACAGCUGCUGUGUGUGCAGACCAUCUAGCUGAGAGGGAGGCUGACUAUAAGGACUGGUUGAACGCUGUGAAGGCCUUUCUGCAGACCCAUCCUCCCCGUCAUGUGCUGGCCUCCUUCCAUGUAUUGGCCCACCAGCAGCAGAGAGCCCAUCAGCAGCCCGGCCCAGAGGGGGCACAGACCAGCCUCAGGUCCCAAGAGGAACAGAAGACCGAGGAGACCCGACCAUCCCUCAACACUCUGUUUCAGCUGGCCUGGGUGGAGGCGGAGCAGGGUGUGGUGGAGCUGACUCGGACGCGCUCCAGGACUCAGGAGCUCAGAAACGACAUCAGAGUGUUGCUCAAUGAGGAGACCAUGCUGCUGGAUGACCAGGACCAACUCAAGCACGCUGCGCUGAGCCAGUGGCUGCAGCGCGUGUCCAGGACGGCGGAGCAGAGCAGCGUCCAGGAGCAGUGUGCCCAGAUGGAGGCCCAGGCCCUGCAGACGGGACGCCACGCUCACAACCUGCGCCAGCAGCACAGGAGCAUCAUGGGACUCCGCAGGAGCGUGGUAAACAGGCAGAAGAAUGUCCAAGACCUCAUCACCGGAAUCUCCAUAGCCCAGAGGGAGCUGGUGCAUAUGCGCUCUGAGAUCAGCCAGUUCCUGAGGGCCAGCCUGCUCCCUCUGUAUGAGGAGAUCGUGGAGCUCACUGGCGCCCUCUGCAGUCAUGUGGUGGUGGAGGCACGCCAGUUUGGGAACGUGCCGAUGGCCGCCCUGGACUGUAGGGACCUCAGCGGAGAUCAGAAGGUCCCUGCCUGUCAACUCUCCAUUUAUCGAAUCAACACUCCACGAUUCCUCAAACUAUGCAACAGUCUGGAUUUCCCAAUGUACAAGGCCCCAGCGGAGCUCCUGCACCUCGUGGUUCUCCAGCCAGAGAUAAGGCCGACAGAGAAACCCUGCUCCUGCUCUCCUCCUCCACGGUGA